AUGCGGUCUUCUGCUGACAGAACACAAAAGAACGAAUUUAGUUUCCGCUCUUUUUCUCCCUCCUCUCACUCUUUCUCUCUCUCUCUCUCUCUCUCUCUUUCUUUCUUUUUUCUUUCCUUCUUUCUUUCUUUCUUUCUUUCCCUCACUAUCUCUGUAUUUUUCUCCCUCCUCUCUCUCUAUCUCUCUAUCUCUCUCUCUCUAUCUCGCUUUCUCCUUCCUCUCUCCCUUUAUCACCUUCUAUCUUUCCCUUGUUUUCUCUCUAUAUCUUUCGACUUCUCUUUUUACGUUUCAUUCUAUUGGAUUUUUAAUUCCUUGUAUCAUUAUCGUCAUUUUUCCCUUUGUGCCUUGACUUCCCAUUUCUCUCUCUCUCUCUCUCUCUCUCUCUCUCUCUCUCUCUUUCUUUCUUUUUUCUUUCCUUCUUUCUUUCUUUCUUUCUUUCUUUCCCUCACUAUCUCUGUAUUUUUCUCCCUCCUCUUUCUUUCUCGCUCUUUCAGUUUCUCGUAA